CGAUGGUGCUGCCCGCCACCCCCGCACCUUCCCUCCUUCUCCUCCCUGCCCCGCUCAAGAUGGCGGCGCGCGCGGCGUCCGGAUGAGGCGGGGGGCGCGCGCCCCGGGGGGCUCCGGCGAGGCCCGUGAAGCAGAAUAGUUCUUCUGGAGAUCAAACACCUGGAGAGAAAAAUGACAUCGAUUAUCAAGUUAACCACGCUUUCAGGGGUGCAGGAGGAAUCUGCCCUGUGCUAUCUAUUGCAAGUAGAUGAAUUUCGGUUUCUGUUGGAUUGUGGCUGGGAUGAAAACUUUUCUAUGGAUAUUAUUGAUUCACUAAGGAAACAUGUACACCAGGUUGAUGCUGUUCUUCUUUCUCAUCCUGACCCUCUACAUCUUGGUGCACUUCCAUAUGCAGUUGGAAAAAUGGGCUUAAAUUGUGCCAUUUAUGCAACUAUUCCUGUAUAUAAAAUGGGACAGAUGUUUAUGUAUGAUCUCUAUCAGUCCCGCCAUAAUACAGAAGACUUCACUCUCUUUACACUGGAUGAUGUAGAUGCAGCCUUUGACAAAAUACAACAGCUGAAGUUUUCUCAGAUUGUGAAUUUGAAAGGCAAAGGACAUGGUCUGUCAAUCACACCAUUGCCAGCUGGUCACAUGAUAGGGGGCACAAUCUGGAAGAUUGUCAAAGAUGGAGAGGAAGAAAUUGUUUAUGCAGUUGACUUCAACCACAAGAGGGAGAUCCAUCUGAAUGGAUGUUCCUUGGAGAUGCUGAGCAGGCCUUCAUUGCUUAUUACAGAUUCAUUUAAUGCCACUUAUGUACAGCCUAGGAGAAAACAAAGGGAUGAACAGCUACUGACUAAUGUUCUGGAGACAUUACGAGGUGAUGGAAAUGUAUUAAUAGCUGUGGAUACAGCAGGCAGAGUUCUGGAACUUGCUCAACUUCUUGAUCAGAUAUGGAGAACGAAAGAUGCAGGAUUAGGAGUUUACUCACUAGCACUUUUGAAUAACGUCAGCUACAAUGUAGUGGAAUUCUCUAAAUCACAGGUUGAAUGGAUGAGUGACAAACUGAUGAGGUGCUUUGAAGACAAGAGAAACAAUCCUUUUCAGUUCCGCCACCUCUCCUUAUGUCAUAGUCUGUCUGAUUUGGCUCGAGUGCCUAGUCCAAAAGUUGUUCUUGCUAGCCAACCUGAUUUAGAGUGUGGGUUUUCCAGAGAUCUCUUCAUUCAAUGGUGCCAGGAUUCAAAAAACUCUAUAAUUUUAACUUACCGCACUACACCUGGAACAUUAGCACGGUUCCUGAUUGAUAAUCCUUCUGAAAAAGUUAUAGAUAUUGAGUUGAGAAAACGUGUCAAGUUGGAAGGAAAAGAACUUGAAGAGUACCUAGAAAAGGAGAAACUAAAGAAAGAAGCAGCUAAGAAGUUAGAACAGUCUAAAGAGGCAGAUAUUGAUUCCAGUGAUGAGAGUGAUGCUGAAGAGGAUAUUGAUCAGCCAACUGUACAUAAGACCAAACAUGAUUUGAUGAUGAAAGGUGAAGGUAGCCGGAAAGGAAGCUUCUUCAAACAGGCAAAGAAGUCUUAUCCCAUGUUUCCAGCUCCCGAGGAAAGAAUUAAAUGGGAUGAAUAUGGAGAGAUUAUCAAACCUGAGGACUUUUUGGUUCCAGAACUUCAAGCAACAGAAGAAGAAAAAAGCAAGUUAGAAUCUGGUUUGACAAACGGAGAUGAACCUAUGGACCAGGACUUAUCAGAUGUUCCUACCAAAUGUAUUUCAGCAACAGAGUCCAUGGAAAUUAAAGCUAGAGUUACGUAUAUUGACUAUGAAGGACGUUCAGACGGUGACUCAAUUAAAAAAAUUAUUAACCAAAUGAAACCAAGACAACUGAUCAUUGUCCAUGGACCACCUGAGGCCAGUCAGGACCUUGCAGAGUGCUGCAGAGCUUUUGGCGGAAAAGAUAUUAAAGUUUACAUGCCCAAACUACAUGAAACCGUAGAUGCAACCAGUGAAACUCACAUCUACCAGGUCAGGUUAAAAGAUUCUCUUGUCAGCUCCCUUCAGUUCUGUAAAGCCAAAGAUGCUGAGUUGGCUUGGAUAGAUGGUGUCCUGGACAUGCGAGUUUCAAAAGUGGACACUGGAGUUAUUUUGGAAGAGGGAGAGCUGAGGGAAGAUGAAGAUUUAGAGAUGCAAGUGGAUAUGCCUUCUUCAGACUCCAGUGUCAUUGCACAACAAAAGGCCAUGAAAAGCCUGUUUGGUGAUGAUGAUAAGGAAAUGUGUGAGGAGAGUGAGAUCAUUCCUACUUUGGAACCUCUGCCACCUCAUGAGGUUCUUGGACAUCAGUCUGUGUUUAUGAAUGAGCCAAGACUGUCUGACUUCAAGCAAGUUCUUCUGCGGGAAGGUAUUCAAGCUGAAUUUGUAGGAGGAGUACUUGUGUGCAACAACCUGGUGGCUGUUCGCAGGACUGAAACAGGACGCAUUGGAUUGGAAGGCUGUCUCUGUCAGGACUUCUAUAGGAUAAGAGACCUUUUAUACGAGCAAUAUGCUAUUGUCUAAAGGAAGUGCUGGAAACAUGUCUUUACUUGAACUUUAAAAGAUAAUGGGAAUAUCUGUCUUCCCAAUUUUGACUUUUUGUAGUUUUCUAAUUUAUACAGGAGAAAACUAAUUCAUAAUGCACAGUUAACUACCCUGAACAUGUAAAUAACUGCUACUGUUGCUCUGCACAAAUCUAUAGGUACAUUCCAUGUUGCUGACUUUCAAACAGUUACCAUUGUCUCCCACAUGAUACAUUAUAACUGAGUUUUUUUUACUUUUAUCAACCGUUCUUCAAGAAAGGUUCAGUUAGUCAGAACAUAUUUUGGUUUGAUAGAUUCCAUGCUAAAGAGUACAGAAUAUAUAAAAGUCAUUCUUCUGUUCUAAAACAAAAUGAGAUUGGGAACUAUGGGUGGGCUGGGGUAGGGUUUUUUGUUUUGUUUGGGGGGAGAGUUAGUUUUUGAGCAGUAGAGUUUAGUUAAAGUAAGUCUUUAAUAGGUCACCGAAAGUUAGACUACCUAAACUUUCCUCUUAGUGUUAAUCUGGGUGCAUGUUAAUGUUGCAGCUGACUUAUCUUACUGAUUUAUUCCACAACAGCAUUUCUUAUACUGUAUGAAAUAUUAGUCUGCAGGAUCAAAAAAUGACUUUAAAAAGGUACUCUUAUAAAGAGAGAGAACUGGUGAAAAUUGUAAAGCAGUUUAAAAUCUAGUAAUUGUGUACUUCAGAGUAACUCUGUAAAAGCUUAUAGAACUUGUAACUUUUAGCUGUUGCAGACUUAUGCCAACUAUAAAAUCUCUCAAGUUAUGAUUUUAAUACUUUCAAGGUCUAACGCCUUCAUCUGUGUAUUGCUGUUUAUGUUCAGUGUGAAAUCUGAAGUUCAUGUUAUAUAUUUAAUGCUUUUGUGCCAGGUUUCAUACUAGCUGCAUGUUUUGACAAUGGGAUUUAAUGUAGUUGCUGAUAAUAGGAACUGACCUUUCUUUUAAAGUGAAGAGGAGCACAAUUUUAGGUGGCUUAAUUUCUCAGAAAGUUGAGGGGAUAAUAUUGAUGGAACUUAGGCAUACUAAUGGCCUCUGGAGAGUCUGUUUAAUCCUUUUUCCACAUCCACAUGUGAACCACAUGCUUGGGGAAUGUGGGGGGGUUGUUUGCUUGUUUUUACAUACCACAGCAAUGUAAUAUGUGGUCUAUGUGUGUAUGUUUAAAAUAAAACCUUUUAACAAGUGGCAAAAACAUAGCCCCAUGGGCUAUCAAUGGAAAGAUACCUUACUUUGCAACUCAUUUUUGACUAAUAGUUCUUUUUCUCUGAUCUACAGACUAUUUAUGCUGUUUAGGGUAGUAACAUAAAACUGAAGUCCAUGUGUGGUUUUUUUGUUUUUUUUUUUUUUUUUUUAAAUUCUGCUAGAACUAGGUAUUGAAAACAUAACAUUUUAAAAUGUGAUGUUGAGUGAGAAUAUGUAUUUUGGUACACACAAAAAAAAUCUUGGCUAGGGUUAACUAAACAGCUUAACACUUUUUUCCCACAAUUUAGAAAAGUGUUUAUUUUCAAUUAUACUGGCAGCCGGAACUUAGAAAUGCUCUGUUUUUUGUAGCUAUUUUGUAGCAAUGCUAUGUAAAUCUACUUGAUACUGGAUGCUUGUUGGUGAAUACCAUUGUAUUACUUUUCUGCUGUUGACACAAAUGAACUUUUAUAAAGUGAGUUAUUUUGUACAUAA